ACGACAGUUUUCAGGACACCACCUGCGUGACCCCCGGCAACCUGGUCAGCGUUCUCAGCGAUAUAUUUCGGGAUGUGUUUCCUUUUUGGAAGAAGAAACACUUUCUACGAUAAUUGGCGCCGUUGUGGUUGCAUCUGACAACGAAAACGACAAGAAGAUUUCUUUGGAAAAUUUUAUCCAGUGCUUUGCGGAGGGGCCGCGGAUCCUUUCGAUUGAUUCAUCCUCAUCGCCACUCUCCAAGAGUUUAUCGGGCGAUGAGCUUCUAACUGUUUCGCAUGUUCUGCAUGAGCUGGGCAAGGACGCCAAUAGUAAUGGGUGCGUGCAGGAGCCGGAGGUUUUGGAGGCCAUCAGAAACGCUUUUCGAUCUGAUUUGAAGCAGACGGAUCGUGUUCUUCAGUACGUGCGCGAUAAAAUAAAUCGACAUAACUCUAGCAGCUCUUUGAUAGUAGAAACCUCCGUAAAGGACGGUCCGUGUUACAAGGAUGGUUUUUUGAACUCUGAGUCAAGGGUUAUGCCAGAGUCAAGGGGGAACAAUGCGGUGAAAGAGGGCUCUGUGACAGUGCUCAAGGGAGAUGUGACACAUGAGAGCCCACCAACAGGUAUUGGAGUUCCAGCUCUUCUUGCAACCCGCAAGAAACCAAAGUCGCAGCAACGACGUCAUUUUGCUAUGAAUUCCACUGCGUCGGAUGCAAUAGUGAAGCAUCAUGCAUGCAGUUACUUGGGCUUCGCCUACGAUACCGCUGACAGGGCUAUCUUUGAUAAUGAAUUGCAGGCGGAGUUCAAAAAGUACGCUGGUGAAGGCCAAGAUUACAUUGACCGUGACAGGUUCAUCAAGGCUUAUAUUUCCAUGGAGCAUUAUGGUUUGAUUCCAACGGAAAAUGAAGCAAAUCGAGUUCUUUCCCGGUAUUGUACCGGGGACAAGGUGCACUAUAAUGAAUUUUGUAUCAUCAUGCUGCAGCGUGCUCGUAUGUAG